GUGAGAGAACAAAUACGAGAAAUCGAUAUGAAUCUUACUUGUGUUAAUUUUCAAAUUAAAGAACAUAACAAACAUUUAAUAAAGUAUUAACCUAUCUCACUCAAUAUAAUAAUUAUAUUUUGUACCCGAUUUCAUGUCGUUCUUUUGCUUUUUUGUCCUGGUUAAUUUCCAGGGUGUAACGAUCUUUUGGUUAAAUCAAUAUAAUGAUUAUCUUUUGUAAAAAAGAAAAAGAAAAAAAAAACCUAUCUCACUCAAAACACCUAUUCGAGAUCAACAAAUUUAAACGGCGUCGUAGUCAGGUUCGUCAUGUUCUUAACUCGUAAGCCAUCUAUACACUGUGCCGAGGCAGCGAACUGCUCACAAGUCUCAUUUCAUCUUCUUCUUCAAUUCGGCUGAAGUUCGCCGGAGCAACUUGCAGGUUCACUUGCCAUGUGGGCUUCUUCCCGAGAGUCUCAGCUUUCCGGCAAGCAGAAGCAGGGAAAAACCGGUGGGUUGUCCGAUGGUUUCCAACCUGAGAACUUCAUCCCGGGGCUCGUAAUCGGUUUCAUUCUCGGACUGUUCAUAGAUUUGUCGACUAAACCGUUUAAAGGUUCAUCAUCUACUGCCACCAAGAAGAAUUUCUUACCUGGGAAACCCCAACAGCAAAAUCCGGACUCCUCUGACGGUGACAAUAACCGUGAGCUUAAAAUGGUUUUGGUGGUUAGGCAAGACUUGAAGAUGGGUACUGGAAAGAUUGCCUCGCAGUGUGCUCAUGCAUCCACUGGCUUAUACUCAGAACUCCUUCAGAGUGAUCGCUUGCUUCUGAGACGGUGGGAACAGUGUGGACAGGCUAAAAUAGUUGUUACUUGCAAAAAUCAAACAGAAAUGAAUAAGCUCAAGGAAGCAGCUGAGAACAUCGGCCUCCCAACAUUCGUGGUCGCUGAUGCUGGAAGAACACAGGUUGCUGCCGGCUCACACACGGUUAUGGCUGUUGGACCUGGUCCAAAAUCAUCAGUGGAUUCCGUUACAGGGAAACUACGCCUUCUCUGAUAACCUGGGGAGAAGAGCGAACGAGCUGCCUGCCUAGUCAAGUCUAUAUCAUCAUCAUCAUAGUAUGGGAUCAGGCACUCGGUGAAGCUGAUUCUGUCGCUUUAGUCCGCUGAAUAUCUUGAUGUAUUAGCAUUCGCCAGGAUACGAGAAUUGGCGUUUGGGAUCUGUAUCAAAUCAUUUGUUUGGAUGUUAAAGUAGAUUAUUGCAUGUGAUUUUGCUAUUGAGCAUAUGGUUCGUGGCUCUCCUCGCUCUGUUUAACCAUUGUGUCUGGAUUGAUAUGGAGGCAGACAUUCCUAUCCUUGAUCUUUGAAGAGCAAUACAUGCAACCCCGUCCUUUGACAUAACCUUUGUAACAAAUAAAUAUGAAGCUUUGAGACUGUGAUCUCGAGCCUAAGAUCGACCGACAGUACUGCUAUACCAAAAAUGGGCCAGAGGUUCAACCGGCCAAGCUCCUUUGGUUGGAGACUUGGCGGGAAGGGGGUGAUUAGUUGGUCGCUUCCGCACACGACGCCGUUCUAUCAUUCUGAGGUAAGCCGGAUUCAUAGCGACAAGAAAAUUGUAAAACCCCA